AUGGCUACCAACUCCAACAUCCCAGCAGGGCAGGCGUCAAACAUGACACCCAAUUACGAGGUCAAGCUGCUGCUUAAACCCAACGAAGUCCACAGUUCUGAGAACGGGCUGACAAGCAAUGUCUUGGCGGCGUUCGAUAUCCGUCUAGGCGUGAUCAAGCAAACCAUUCAGUAUCUUGACACAAAUGAUAAGGACCUCUAUGCUGCUGGUUGGGGCGCACGCAUUCGCAAAACUGAGAACGAGGAUGGGGUAGAAUUGACGUAUAAGAAACGCUAUGCCAUGGAAGACCAUGACAUUGACGCCGCGCUCACCAAAGCCAAUAACGAUGGUUUCAACGGCAGCGAGGGAAAAUACGACGCCCAAGUCGAAUGGGGUUACCAAAAGAAAACACUGUCUAUCAGCCGCAAAAGGUCGGCUGAUUUCAUUGCCAGCGGGAUGGAGCUUCCAGACGAAUCGAGAUCCCGCUCAAUGUUAAUUAAAGAAGCGCCUACCAAAUUUGAUAACUUCGUACACAAAAAAUGGGGCACUGGCCUGCUGGCAACUUCGCGGCUUUUCGGGCCAGUCCACGCCAAGCGGUAUGUUGGGAAGUGGGAGGGAACGCGGAUCUAUCUAGAGGUCUGGACUCUUCGCAAUGCGCAAGGCACAGGAUACGAAAACCUCGUUGAGGCGUCUCUCAAGACUGAGACCCAUAUGGAUGCCUUCCAAAAACAGGCUAGUUUGAUCUCUUAUCUGCAGGGCGAGGGAUGGUUUCUUGAGCAGGAUUCGCUGAGAACACGGCUUAUCAUGGAGCGUUAUUAG